AUGGAACUUUUGUUUAUAUUGUGUCUCGUGUCUUUUGGGCUGGCUUACGAUAAAGCGUCGUUCUACGGUGCCAGCUAUAUAUCGUACCCGCUUCAAGAAGCGAAGGGAGUCACAGAUAUAAGCUUCAGAUUUCGUACUCACUUAUCCGAUGCCCUUUUACUACUUGCCGCAGGCAAAACAGACUAUUGUAUGAUUCGUCUUGAAAGUGGUAGAUUAAAACUUCAUAUAAAUCUCGGUGCUGGUGAAAGUGAGUUGUCAUCUUCAAAGGGCAUAUAUCUUAACAACACUCAGUGGCAUCAUGUCAGCAUCAUAAGAAGAGAAGCUAACCUGACUAUGAAGGUUGACGACAACGUUGUGAAGAAGAAGCUGCCGGGACGCUUCUUUGAACUAAACAUACACUUUGGUAUAUUUCUCGGAGGACAAGGUGACUUUUCCGAACUGUUUCUUGGUCACAUGGAAAAUUUCCGAGGAUGCAUGGAAGAUGUAUAUUACAACGGUGUCAAGAUAAUCGAAAAAGCUCGCAGCCGAAGUGGCUCAGUGCACGUCGAAGGCGUCACGUGGAACUGUGCCCCGGAGUUCGACGCGGACAUCAACGCUGACAUCAGUUUUAUAGACGAGGGGGCUUAUUUAAUCCUUCCAAGGAUUAAUUCAAGAGCAGGAGGAAGAUGGCAAAUAGAGUUCAAAACAAUAACGCCAAACGCGAUGGUACUAUACAAUGCUGGCGGCGGUCGAGGUUCUGAUUUCUUAGCCGUGGAGAUAUUGGAAGGAGUUGUGAGAGUGAAGAUGGCUAGGGGACAAAUAGUACACACUGAACGCGUCAACGAUGGACAGUGGCACAAGAUGCAUCUGUUGUUCAACCCUUCGCUCAUCGAGCUUUCAAUCGAUAAUAUAGCAAUGAGCACACGGAUAGAAAGCGGCGGCACGAGAUACUUAGAUCUAUCAGACUCCUUCUAUCUCGGGGGAAUAGAGACUGAGAAAAGACAGCGAGCCUUCUCGAAAGGCAUCAAGGCCGCGGACUCUAGCAUCAUGGGUUGCAUCAGACCGAUCGAAGUCGACGAUAAGAUAUACGGUCUGCCGAACGCCGUAGUAUCGUACGGCGUUAGUCCCAGAUGCGUGUGGUGGUACCCUUGCCACGCCGGACCGAGUCCCCCUUGCAUACCGCGGGCAACUUGCGAACAACACGGCGUCGACCACUUCACUUGCAAGUGCGACUCCGACUUGUGUAUAAAUCCCGACUACGCCGAGAAAUAUAAGGUGUUUUCGAAGUCAAGCAGUGAAUUAGAGCUAGUAGCUCUCUACCCACUAUCCGUGCAAGAAGGUGGAGUAGCAGUGAUCACAACUCAGAAUAUUGACGUGGUGUUAGAUCACCAUAAAUAUGGUGUUAGACCUUCUGGGGUGCUAUUACACGUCGCCCAAUCUCCUCAACACGGCAGGAUUGCCGUGGACUUGUCCUUGAGGAACUUACCUCAGUAUACUAAUUACGUUGAAGGAGAAAAGUCCAAACAGUUUUUCACGCUUCUGGAUCUUUCUAGAGAUAAGGUCCGCUACGUACACGACGGAUCAGAAAACCAUCAAGACGCAAUAGUACUCGAAAUGGAGCUAAUACCGGAAACUAAGUUCACUCUACCGAGCUACUUGCAAGGUCGUAACACUUUCGUCCUCCACGUGAACAUAACACCCGUAAACGAUCCACCCGUACUCAACCUCCUACCCGGGAAAGUCUUGAGACUCACUCAGGGGACAAGAAAAGUUAUCACAUCAGAUAUACUAAAAGCCGAGGACCCAGAUACGCUGCCAGAAGAUCUGCUUUAUACAGUUUUACAUGGAAAGAAUGAAGCGAACAGUGGUCACAUUGAAAUGUCAGGUCAACCGGUGGAUUCGUUCACACAAAAGGACGUCGACUCCGGAGUGAUAUCAUACGUUCAUGGGACUAGCAAUGAGAAGCAACUGAACAAAACUUCCCUCCGUCUUACUUUACAAGUAUCAGACGGUAUUGAGACGAGCGGUCCGGGUGUCCUUCGUAUAUCGAUAGUACCUCUACAAGUUCGUUUAGUAAACAACACCGGCUUGUAUCUCGUUCAUAAUUCGUACGCUUUCAUCUCUGCUGAUAAUUUGACGUUCACGACCAACGCAGAUGAGACUAAUGUUCACGUGAAAUACGACAUUGUGAAACCACCGCAGUUUGGUGUCGUAGAACGACUCAGAGUUUUAGACAGUACUUGGCAAACUGUCGAUUCAUUCACCAGUGAGAUGAUCAAUUUCGGACGAGUUCGAUACAUGCAUAUUCUUGGUAAUCCGGCACACGAUGAAUUUAAGUUCAAAGCAUCCGUGGGAACGGUACGAACGAAUACGUUAUACGAUUUUCGAUUAACAUUUAUCAAACUCGAAUUAUAUCAAUCGACAAACGAGGAAUUAGUUUUAAAUAAUACAAGAGAGGCUUUCAUAUCGUCUCAACACCUAAGAUUUAAAACCAAGCCGUUGUCACUGCCUGCCGAUCGAAUUUUGUUUACCGUACUCAAACCACCGAAGUACGGUAUCUUACACCUUUCAUCUGGGAAACAUCACUUACAAAUGCAUAGCACAUUCUCUCAACAAGAUAUAGAUUCAGAUUUACUAUGGUAUAGAUUACAUAGACGAGCGUAUUCUCAUAUACAAGACGAGUUUACAUUCGUAGUAGGAGCGACGGAGUGUGAUAAUAUAACCGGAGUAAUGACAAUUAGACAUUUACCCGGAUCGUCCGUAUCCGAUCAUUUAUCCGGCCGCGUUCAUACGACAUUGGAGAGGUUGCAAGUAAUCGAAGGUUCUAGAAUGGUAAUACCGGCGACUCAUCUCAAUUUCCGAACGGAUGUGGUCACGAAUUUAGUGUUUAAUAUCACACAUUUGCCAAAACAUGGUAAGAUUGAAGUGAUCAGUGAUAACUUGAAAAUAGUUAGAGAUAACACUACAUACUUCACUUUACAAGAAUUGAACUCGGAUAGAGUGUAUUACGCCCACGAUGACUCUGAGAGUAGGCACGAUUCGUUUCAUUUCAUGGCUUUAAGUCCAGAACCCGAGGACUUCCAAUACGUUGGAGUAUUUCAUAUUGACAUUAUAUUGAAAAAUGACAACAGCCCUGUGCGAGCAAACGAAAAAGUUUUCCACAUAGUUCACGGUGGAGCAAGAUUGAUAACAGCUAGAGAUUUGAGUUAUACCGACGCUGAUUUGGACACUAAGCCCUCGGACAUAAUCUAUACAGUACAAAGAUUUACCAAAGAUCCUCCUAAUGGAGGUAUAUUUAGAGCCGAUAACCCAUCAGAACAAAUAGCACAGUUCACGCAAGACGAUAUCAACAAGAAUCUAGUGCUGUUCAAACACCAAGGCAAAGAAUAUGGUAAAAUGGCUUUCUGGAUAUCUGAUGGAUUGUUCGAUGUUAAUGGUAAUUUGGAAAUACAGGCAUCCCCGCCUUUUAUACGGAUGUAUCCAACUAAUGGUUCGAUAGUUGAAAACGGUAAAGCUGUGGUUAUAACCACCAGAGACAUGCAGGUGGACACGAAUAUGAAUUGCCUAGAAGAGGACAUCCACUACGAUAUAACGCAAGAACCCAAGCACGGGUCUAUAGAAGUCGGUGAAGGUCAGGGUGUGACCAGCUUCACACAACUCGAUAUAGCUGCAGCUAGAGUGUCAUAUCGACACAGGGAGCCGAAGACACUAACUGACGCAUUUAGGUUUAAAGUAAUGUGUUUAGAAGCUUGGGGUGAGGGAAUAUAUCCAAUAAAGAUCUUUCCCUCAAGUUACUGGGAACCACUGAAGGUCGCUACUAAUAAGCCGCUUAUUAUCGAGGAGUCGACUAGUGUGAACAUUACAAAAGAUACUCUAGAAGUAAUGCACCCUCAAAUCGAACCAGCGAACAUAGUUUACCGAGUAACAGAAGGCCCGUAUCACGGCUGGCUAGAAAUUACUACCACACCAGGCACAAUAGAAAUGGAAAAUUACAACGAAGAGCCCGUGCACACGAAAGUGUUUGAUCAAUCAAUAAUUAACUCUAAUCGACUUGUUUACGUGCAAUCAGGAGUUAAUCGAACGAGAGAUAGAAUUAAAAUGGAUGUUACGAAUGGAAUCGUUUGGCUGAGAGAUAUUGAACUAAUAGUUAUUAUAAUACCUGAACAUUUUUACGUAGAGCCAACAAAUUUAACAGUAGUAGAGGGCGCUUCAGUGAGCAUUAAACAGGACUUGUUUAAAAUUGUAACAGAGUAUUAUAGAGGGAAAGUUGUGUCCUACAAGGUUAUACAAAAGCCGAAGUUUGGUAAAAUCGUCAUGGGAGAUCAAGAUUUAACAUUACUGCCCGUACUUAAGCUCAAUUCAGGAAAUAUAAUGUAUGUAAACGACGGUACAGAAGAAUCUUUAGACUCGAUCAGACUGACCGCCGUGACAGAAGGAGGAAAGGAAAGCGAGCCUUUCCAAGUAAUGGUCAAUAUCGUGCCCGUAAAUGAUGAACCACCAAUUGUUGCUGCGAACACAGGUCUCUGUGUCUGGGAAGGUGGCACUUUCGUUUUCACCAGGAAUGAAUUAUAUGUCAAUGAUAUAGACACGCCACUAACAAACGUGACUAUAAGGGUGGUUGAUAUUGUAUCCGGUUAUAUUGCUAUGAAAGGAGACCUGGAGAAUCCGGUCGAUCACUUCACACAAGCGGACAUUGAUAAUAGACAAGUGAUUUUCGUUCAUAAAAAUGGUUCAAAAGGCAAAAUGAUAUUCAACGUCACAGAUGGUCUCCACGAAUUGUCUAAAAUAACAUUUUUGAUUACAACAAAGUCGGUCAACUUGAAGUUAGUCCGGAAGCACACGCUACGAGUUUUCCCACUAAUGAGAGAGCCCCUCAAUAACUAUCAUUUAAUGGCGAAAUGUUCGGAUCUCACAAGGAAUAUUGUGUAUAAAAUCGAAAGAGCGCCUACUUUGGGAAGGCUUAUAAUGUUAAACGGAGAAAAUCAUCACCGUUCCAUCAAACAGUUCACACAACAUGACAUUAACAACACACUGGUGUAUUACGAACACACACAUCCAUUCUCCGAUCUUUAUACAAACGAUUCAUUCAUAUUCACCGUUGAAGCGGCUCUAGCGAAACCAAUAACCGAUCAAAUAUUUAACAUAGAUGUGUCUGUAUCUUCGGGCGGUCUCGCUAAAUACGUGUACAUUCCUGUAACGAAAGUCCAGGAAGGCGAUAAAGUACCUCUAAUAGUUAAUGUAACUAAUGUUAUUACGUAUUUGGAAACUCAAGCUGGGGUGAGAGCGCCUCAAAUAGAAGCCCAGUGGUCCCAACCAGCCCAUGGGGAGCUACAACCAUUCUUAUCAUCACUAACACAGGCCCAGUUAGAAGGCGGCGUUGUAACUUACAAACACGAUGACACGGACACUGUUCAGGAUAAAAUCGACAUGGCACUCUACUUACUACCCGAUUAUGUCCUACUUUGCAACGUAACUAUUCCAAUUCAAAUAGUACCGGUAAAUGAUCAACCGUUUCGACUUUUGACGGACACACCCCAAAUACAAGUUGUUCAGGGAGAGAAUUAUACGUUAACAAAGAAGGAUUUGUUCACUGAAGACGCUGACACUGGGCCUUCUGGAAUCUUGUACGACAUAAUAAGUGGUCCGACGCAAGGAAGGCUCGUUAUAAUUGAGAAGAAUCAAACCAUCGACGAGGCGCAAUCCAUAAAUAAAUUCACUCAAGAGGAUAUAAACAAUGGUAGAAUUAUAUACGAGCAUUCUGGUUUACUACAAACAGCUACUUUCUAUUUUCGAGUGUGGGAUGGCCAGUUCAAACCGACUUACACUGUUUUUACAAUCGACGUUAUUCCUGUUAUACUAAACGCCACGUCGCUACAUCCAAUCUAUCUCCAGCAAGGUUCCAAUGUCGCCUCUGUGACUACCGAACAAAUAUACGUCGAAACGAACGCAAAGACAUACAAAGUUUGGUAUAACAUAACUAGACAACCCAUACACGGAAUGGUUUAUCUCGGAAGAAACCCAGUCACGUACUUCUCUCACAAAGAUCUAAUGGACAAAGUUGUUAUUUAUAUGCAGAAUGAUAUGACAGUUGCUAAUGAUAGUUUCGACCUUGUCGCAUACGUGCAUAAUAGUAAUUCGACUUUGCCAUUUAGAAUAGACGUCAUCGUUCAACCUUUAAUGAUUUUAAGAGAUUUGAAGGUAGACGAAGAAAAAGUGAAAUUAACUUUAAAAAAUUUAGAUGCAACCGAGUUAGCUAAGCUUACAGCGAGCGAUCCAGUUUAUACGAUAAUUCGUAAGCCUAAAUAUGGGACUAUAAAGAAAAUUAUUAGAAGUUCUGGGGAAAAGACAAGUGCGCGUGAGAGAGAAGUGGCAUACUUCACACACGAGGAUGUCAAAGCUGGCGUCAUAUACUUUGUUGCGAAGAAAAAAAUCAAUACUUUGAACGGAAUAGAAGAUAAUUUUAAAUUUUUACUAGCAGCUACAAUAUUCCAGCCGGCGGGUGGUAGUGUUAAAAUAUUCUUUGGAAAUGGACAGAAGAAAAAUCUACCUGGACCCAAUGACCCCGAGAGUCAUGAAGGUGUACUGGUAUCGAAUGGUGAAUCGUCUUAUUACAUGAUGAUAGUAAUGGCGUUGCUCGGCGUUGUACUUGCGAUCCUAGUGAUAUUUGGAUUAAUCAAAUGUCGCAGAUAUCUCAUGAGAGAUCAAAACGCUCUAGCCAAAAUACACGGACAGAGCCAGGGGGCAGUGGCUCCCAUACCAUUACCGCGACCGCCAGAUCAUUUAAUGCCUUCGCCUUCACAAGCGACGCCGCCUAUAAAACGGUACGUGUCAUCAGAACAAUCCGUACAUACGGGAGCGAGUACGCCUCUUCCGUCUGGGGGUAGUGUGGCGUGUAAGGUAACGCCACUAGCCGACUCUGGACUACCCGACCUCAAUGCGAGGUAUCCGUAUGGUGCAGAGGAUCAUACCGAUGCUGAAGAUUGGAGCAGUUACGAGGCAAGCGAGUCAGCCUAUCCGGUGCGAGCGCCCGUCGCGCCAUCGAACCCGAUGCUACGUCGCAACCAAUACUGGGUCUGACCCGCGGACACCUUCACCCUCCCUAGGACGCCUAGACAAGUAUCCCUCACAACUCAUGACAACUGCGUGACAUUGAAUCGACGUUUUCAGAGACGCGGCGUCGACUUCGUCCCGACUCCUUUCUUACUAAGCAACUAUAAAGUCAAUAAGUACGUCAGUUGUGAAGUUACUCUAUAAACUCAACAUAAACUAACACUGUCAACGUAUACCAGUCUAAUUUAUAUUAAAAAAAAAUACUA